AAAAAGGGAGUGGUUAAAACUUCCAAGUCUUCGGACAGGAGAAUGGCUGGGGACCGUCAGGCUUCGUCGUACUUGCACAAUGCGAUAGUCAAGACUGACAUCAGAAAUACAGAUACCACCAGAAUUGUUUCGAACUUGCAUCUGAAAAACACUGGCAACAACAAGACGGUAAAGAGAAGAGUCGGAGAUAAGUCUUGGGAAGACCAGACACUAUUGGAGUGGGAUCCCAAACAUUUCCGACUCUUUGUGGGUAACUUGGGUCCCGAUGCCAACGACCAAUUGCUCCACAGUGCAUUUCUGAAGUAUGCUUCUAUGAGCAAAGUCAAAGUCCCCGUAGAUACCAAGUCGGGGAAGAACAAAGGGUUUGGGUUUGUUGCUUUUGCUGAUGCCAACGACUACUUCCAGGCUUUCAAAGACAUGAAUGGAAAGUACAUUGGCCAACAUCCGGUGCAGUUGAAGCGAGCAGAAACUCAGAUCAAAGCGACGAAGAAAAAG